CGAUUGUCCUUCCUUUCGUCGACUUUCCUUUCGUCUCCUUCAUGGGCCAUCGCCCGUGAUUGACUCUCCUUCAUACUUGACAUUCUCUAUUCUUUGCUGAUCGGCCGACCGUCGCGGCUCACGAUGAAAGUCCAACACCUCUCGCCAUUUGUCCUUUUCCUCCUCCCCGCGCUAUCGACAGCCUUUGCGGACCUUACUCCGGAUAGCAUUGUCCCUCAUCGCCGCGCAGCUCUGGACAGCGACUCCAUACCCCCUGAUUUUGAUGACUAUGCUCCGGUCCGCGCGAACCCCAAGGUCGCAUCAAAAGGAACGCAGGAUGCCCCGGUUGAUGGCAGAGACGGUCGACCUCACGCUGGCCCGUGGGUAGAAACCAAUGCGGAGCGCGAUCGUAAGAAAGCAGGCUCCGUCGUGCCUUCGGAUGCCCCAUCCGAUCCCAAAAUCGCUCAACAUUUGGGCCCGGAUGGAAAUCCAAUCCCAUACUCGAAUGACGGAGUGAUGGACGAUCCGAAUCGGACGGGUCCGAAAGAAGGGACUCGGGGCACAGAGGGCGGAGUGUCGGGGAAAUUGAAGGAUUCAUACUCCUCGGAGAAGACCCCUGAUGCUCCUAAGGAAGCCCCUCCUUUGCCGCAUAGUGAGAAGCCUAAGACUCCUUCUCAGGACAGCACAGAUGAGUACUCCAAGGGUACUGGAGACUCUACCUUGGGAAAGCUGGAGAAACCUGCCGACCUGCCCGAAAAACCGCAUGACAUCCCUCACCCCAAGUCCCCGGCCCCCGUCAGCGAAGAUCCCCUUGGUUUCGAGGCACCCAGCAGCUCUGCCGGUGCCACCCCCGGCGCAGCAGGGUCGGGAGAGCCAGAGAGCGACCCAUUACACUCCCUUCUUUUCUCUUUUACCAUGAUCAUCGUCUCCGAGAUUGGCGAUAAGACAUUCCUGGUCGCAGCCCUGAUGGCCAUGCGUCAUCCGCGCCUGCUCGUCUUCUCCGCUGCGUUCGCCGCAUUGAUCGGCAUGACCGUGCUUUCCGCUAUCCUGGGACAUGCCGUACCGACACUCAUUCCCAAGUCCUUCACCAAGAUUAUGGCCGCCGUCCUCUUCUUCGUAUUUGGGUUGAAGAUGCUGAAGGAGGGUCGCGAGAUGUCGCCCGACGAGGGUGUUGGCGAAGAAAUGAAGGAGGUUGAAAUGGAACUGGAAGAAAAGGAACACCAGCAAAUGCGUAUGAAUCGCCGCCGGUCUUCCGUCACCCCUCACUCUCUUGAAGCCGGUCGCGCUGGAGGACGUCGCAAGUCUCGGUCGUCUGCCCAACGUCUUCCUUCUCCUCCCGAGAGCCUUUCGUCUUCUUCCUCCCGGGAGUCGUCGCCCGCGCCCGGUCGCCGGCUCAACGACGUCUUGGUUGGUGUGAACAAUCUUUUCUCGCUUCUUCUCAGCCCUGCCUGGGUUCAGACUUUUGCCAUGACUUUCCUCGGAGAAUGGGGCGACCGCAGUCAGAUCGCCACGAUCGCCAUGGCUGCCGGUCAGGAUUAUUGGUGGGUCACCGUCGGUGCGAUCACCGGCCAUGGCAUCUGCACCGCUGCGGCGGUCAUUGGCGGAAGUGCCAUCGCUGGCAGAGUCAGCAUGCGCGUUGUAACGCUUGGCGGCGCCGCGGCCUUCUUGGUCUUUGGAGCCAUCUAUCUGAUCGAGGCCCUCUAUUAGCCUCUCUUCCAACUCUUCUAUAGCCUGUUUUAAUAAUCUUGGGUGAUUUUCCUGUAAAAUAUAGAAUUGGGAAGCCAAUAGAGCCAGAUGUAUACAUUAUUGGAGGCUCUUUCCUGA